AUGACUCGUCUUGUCACCUUCCAGAGCUUCCGGUACACGGUGCACCAGGUCAUGGUCCUACAGAAGACCACCAGAUGUUUCAUCCAGACUGUGGAGGAGGCAAAAGGAUCAUCAUUCUGGGGGGGUGUCGAGGUCUCUGGAUUCCAGUCUGGGGAACCCGUCUAUGAGGAAAUAAAAGGUAAAAAGAAAAAGAAAAAAAGACUUGAGCUGGCGUUCGACACGAAUUUCUUCAAAAGCCGGUAUGAGUUCACUUUUCCUGAAAAAGCAAUAGAGGUCGCUCUGCGGAGGCCGGAGGACCGCUCCACGCGCGACAUCCGCUUUAUCCGCAGCAUGAUGAUGGGGAUCCUCAGUUUCCGUAGAUACAGCACCCAGAUGCAGCACUUGUUGGCCAGAGUCGUGUAUUACAGGAGGUUUGGGCGCGGACGGGUCAUUGUGCGGAAGGGUCAUCGAGGCGACAGCUUCUACUUUCUGUUCUCGGGGGUCAUUGCGGUCACACAAGAUGAGGACGGAAGCAGCGCUCUACUGGACCUGGAGCCCAUUUUACUGCACAAAGGGGCCAGUUUUGGGGAAGUGGCUCUGCUGAAAGGCCUACGGCGAAACGCGACAGUCGUCUGUAUGGAGGACACAGAGUUCCUGGUGGUGGACAGGAAGGAAUUCUUCGAGAACAAGAUGGACCAGGAGCUUCAGAAGGAGCUUCAGUACCGCUUCCAGUUUUUCAGGUCUCUUGACCUGUUCUCCACCUGGUCUGAUCAGUCCCUGGAGACUCUGGCCGACCACUGCAAGACAGAGGACUGCCACCACAGCCAGGUCAUUGUCAGCGACACCCACGAGACCAAAAAUAUCGUCUUUGUCACAAAGGGCCGCGGCGAAGUUCUGCGAUUGGUGGAUCUCAGCCAAUGUCUGUCCUUCCUCAAGUGGGUGAAGCAACACAAGGCGCUGCUGGGGGGGUCUGCACUGGCCAGUCACCCAGGUAUGUGUGAUCGGGAUCAGGGGGUGGGAGAUUGGGGGGGUCUGAGCUGGCCAGUCUCCCAGAGCCUGAGCUUCCUGCCCCCUGCGCUCCAGCGGGACCCCCGCCCUAUGGUUAUAAUCAGCAGCGGUGCAGAGGUCAUUCGCAUCAAGCUGGACAAGUUUUCGGAGCUGGCUGACCUUACCACCCUGAGAAAGCUGAAGGAGAGGAUCGCUCCUUAUCCCAGCGACAAUGAUCUCUGCAGAAUCUUCCUGGAGCAGAACCGGUGGAAAGUCUUCAAGUCGGACCUGAUUAGCGAUCUCAGCUGCUCUGCCAGCGCCCAGCACACGCAGCGCCAGCACCGGCAAAUGGCCAGAGAGGCGCACAAGGGCCAGAGCGCAGACAGGAGGGGAAUCCUGCAGCUGGGAACUCACCAGACCAAGACAGAGCAGUUCUGGACAACGCCAACAAAGAACAAAUCUCUCGAUCACACGACCAAAGACGCUGGUAACACCCCACCCGAACAGACUCCCAUCCGGCUGAUCCAUGGCAUCGAUAUCCCUAAACUGUGCGGGAAGAGAAUCAUGUGGUGACGGCGACUCGGAGCCUAGCGGUGACAAUAUAACAGCGUUUCACAGUCCAGCACCACGUUAGUCUGCCCUGAUUGCACGGGGUCUGAGGGUGUGGGUACUAAUGCUGCGCCUUCUCCAAGCGUGAUAAACUCAUUCCGAACAUACGCUAAACGCAAGGGGACAUGUACAGGUGCUGUUUUUAUCCACCCGUGUCUGAGCCUCAGCUGUGCGGCCAGGCCUCACUAUUACACACACUUGU